CACUCAGUAGCUUUCGAGCUGCCGCGGCUGAAGCUUCUCUCUUUCUCUUUCUCUCUAUUUUCAUCUACUACUGCGUGCGUCCCUGAACCUCCGCGUUUUCGUAUCAACGGGGCCCGUCGCGAGUGUCAUAUGUAUAAGCCUCGAUCACUGCAGGGUAAAUGAGCGGUGCCGAGUGCCUCAAGCUCGGGAUCAGACAAGCCGGUGAGCGAAAAGCCAGGAGAGGAGCUGGUUGCUGAUCGAUCGGCGUCCGGAAAAUCCAUCGGCGCGUUAUCCGAGCGAGGGAUGUACCUGCUCUGAGACGCUGAGACAGACGCGCACGCGUACAUACGAGACGCGCAAAGAGAGGAAGAGAGAGAGAGGCAGCACUGCACGAAAAUAGCUCCAGAGGAGGAGGAGGAGGAGGAUGAAGCCACGACGGCAGAGCUGCAGUAGCUGAAAGCCCCACCAUCAGCGGAAAGCUGCAUCGCGGAUGACGUUGAGCAGGUGACACGAGUGUAUAUAAGAGAGCUGUGUACGAGAGCGAGCGAGAAGCAAAAGUGGAAGCCCCGUCGAUGCAGCUGAGAAAGAAGAGAAGAAAGAGCGCAAUAAUGGACGGCUGCUACUUGUGAGAGCUAAGCGAGAGAAUAUGCUGUAAGGCCAAUUCGACUGUUCACCAUGUCGAGCCUAUACUGAAAGCCCCCAAGACUGAGAGGCACUGUCGAGCUUAGGAGUCUACAUACAACUGCUUUGCGAUAUUAUCAUCAAUGUUCUUAUACUUUCUACUGGGCGCCUAAUUUGUUUUUUUUUCGAGACUCAACGAACGACUCUGUUUACACGUGAUCAAGAUUGGUAUAGAUUUUAAGAGAGAAAUAGCUCGCUAUAAUAACGAGGACAAGUCGCUGGAAUCGAAGACGUGUCCACCUGAGAAAAGAUGGCGAGAGUCACGACGUUGACCCUCCUGGUGCUCCUGACUGCCGGUCUGCUCUUGGACGGCUGCCAGACCGACGAGAAAGUGUCGUUCUACGGCGCGAGCUACAUCCACCUAUCGGUGCAAGAGGCAAAAAGCACAACGGACAUCUCAUUCAGGUUUCGCACACAUCUGUCGGACGCGAUGCUACUGUUGGCUGCCGGCAGGAUCGACUACUGCCUGAUCAAGCUCGAGUCUGGACGACUCAAGGUGCACAUAAACCUCGGGGCCGGCGAGAAGGAGCUGGCCAGUGCGCGAGAACUGACGCUGAACGACAUGAGCUGGCACGAGGUGAGCCUGAUGAGACGAGACGCCAACAUCACCCUGAGGAUCGACGGUAUCCACAUCGUUGGCGAUGUCUUGCCCGGCAAGUUCUUCGAGCUCAAUAUCAACUUCGGCGUUUACAUCGGAGGCCAGGGCAGCUUCAACGAACUCUUUCUCGGUCACACGGAGUAUCUGCGAGGCUGCAUGGGCGACAUCUGGUACAACGGCAUCAGGGUGAUCGAGCACGCGCGCACCCGACGCAACUCCACCGAAGCGACGGCCGUCAGCUGGGGCUGUUCCGCCGAGUUCGAGGCUACCGCGAGGAGCGAGAUCGGAUUCGUCGAGGAGGGCGCCUUCACCGCCAUUCCCAGGUCCAUACCGCGCUCCGGAUCCAGGUGGGAGCUCGAGCUCAAGACGGCCGCGCAAACGGGUUUACUGCUCUUCGCCGCGGGACACUCCUCUCACGCCGACUUCCUCGGAAUCGAGCUCGUUGACGGGCGCAUCAGGAUGCUCAUGAACAAGGGCAACGGGCCAACCGAGCUGAUCAACAAGAGGAACGUCGCCGACGGCCGCUGGCACGAGGUGCAGGUGGACUUUACGCCGAACUUGGCUUCCAUCAGCGUCGACGGCCAGGCGCGCAACAUGACUCUCCCGGCUGGUAACAAGUACCUCGAUCUCGCCGAGACCCUCUACAUCGGCGGCACGGAGUUGAACAAGAGAGCCAAGGCCCUGUCGAAGGGCAUCAGGAGCGGCGACCUGAGCUACAAGGGCUGCCUCAGGAACAUGAUGCUGGACGGCAAGGAGCUGGGCCUGCCGCAGGUCAAGGUGAGCCAGGGAUUGGUGGCCAAGUGCGUCUGGGGAUUCCCCUGCGCCGAGGCCGAACCCUGCGUUCCCGGAGCCAGCUGCUCCCAGCUCGGCGUUCGCAGCUUCAAGUGCACCUGCGACCAGCCGCUCUGCAUCAAAUCCAACUACACCGAGGAAUACAAGUUCAACACGAAUCUGCCGCUGAACUUGGAGCUGCUCUCGGUGCGUCCUUUGUCGGUAGCCGAGGGUAAACGGGCUACGCUGGCCGAACGACACAUCUCCAUGAUCCUCGACAUCGCCAAGUACGGACUGAACGAGUCCUUCGUGGCAUUCGGUCUGCUGACGCCGCCUGCUCACGGACAGCUGCACCUCGACAAGUCGCCGCUGCCCGCAAAGAUGCCUUUCACUCUUCACGACGUCUAUCAGCACAGGGUGUCCUACCAGCACGACGACAGCGAGACGACCGAGGACAGCAUGGUACUGCGUCUGGCUUUGCAGCAAGCUGGAGCUGCUGGUUCUCGCUCGCAGCAACAUCACUCGCAGCAGCAGCAACAGCAGCACUCGCUGCCCGGAUACUUCCAGGAUAGUCUGCGAUUCGAGUUACACGUCAACGUGACGCCCGUCAACGACCCGCCGAAACUCGAGAUACCCUCGAAUGCUGAGAUCAGACUGGCGCAGGGUACGAGAAAAACGCUGACGAAGGAACUGCUCUGGGCGAUGGACGCCGAUACGCCGGACGAGAGCCUGGUGUACACAGUGCUGUCGAAAGAUAGCGACGUCGGGUACGUCGAGAGGAUCAGCAAUCCGGGUGCUCCUACUGGUCAAAGAGUCCAGGAUUUCACUCAGGCGGAGCUUGUCAGGGGCCUCAUCGAUUACGUGCACACCGGCAAGAACAAAACGAAGGCGUUACUGGGUCUGCGAGUGAGCGACGGCGAGGCCAGUAGUCCGGAUCAUCAUCUCCGCGUCAGCACCUAUCCGUUGACUAUCAAGCCCAAGUACAACACUGGUCUCGUCGUGGUUCACAACUCGUACUCCUACCUAACUCCUGCCAACUUGUCCUUUGCCACCAACGCCGAGGAUUCCCGUGUCGAGAUCCGCUACACGAUAGUCGCAUCGCCAGUCUAUGGAAAGAUUCAACGUCAGCGCGAGCCCAAUCAGCCUUGGACGAACACUGAUACGUUCACCAGUCGCGAUCUCGAUAAUCAGCUCGUACGUUAUCAGCACAAAUCCAGCAGUCCCCUCCGCGAUAGCUUCAAGUUUCAAGCGUCGGUGAGAGAGGUGCAGUCGCCUGCCACCUACGAUUUCAACAUCACCUUCAUUAUACUCGAGCUGCUGGAGGUUCAUCGACUCCCCGUCAACUUCAGCAACAGCGCCGAGGUCGUGCUCGAUUCGAAGAAGCUCAAGUUCCAGACGAACCCGUUCGUUACAUCGGCGUCGAUGAUUCUCUACAGUCUUUUGGAAACGCCUAGUUUUGCUCACCUCUACCUCGACUACGAGAGACUCAGGAUCGGUCAGAUUUUUAGUCAGGAGCACAUAGACUCUGGUAGGCUUCGCUAUCGUCACUUUCGGCGUGCCUUGUCGCCCAUAGACGACCGCAUCCUUUUCAAAGUGACCGCCCCUCAAUGCUCGGACGUGACAACUUCACUGGACUUCCACUAUCAACCGAGCUCUGGCAAGUCUAACGAAGCGGUAGAGAUCCUGCACGUGGAGGAGGGCAGACGUGUAGCUCUGCGAACGAGUCACAUCGGCAAUUUCGGCGAGCUUGGCGUCACCGCUCUCAGCUUCGAUCUGAUCGAAAGACCGCGCCAUGGUUAUCUGAGCACCUACAACGGCUCUCUGCCCGUUAGGACAAACACGAGCCAAUUCAACUCAAAAGAGUUAGCCUCUCAGUCCAUCUUCUACGUACACGACGAUUCCGAAACGGAAGAAGAUUCGUUCGAGUUCCUGGCUAUGUCCACCGACGACACGGACCUCAUGUACAUCGGCCACUUUUUGAUCAAGGUAAGGCUGCGCAACGACAACCCUCCGAAAAGAAUCAACCAGCGUAUUUUCCACGUGGUCCAACGUUCCGAGAAGCUCAUCACCCGCGCGGAUCUGCUCUACACCGACGAUGAUCUCGGCACUCGACCCAGCAACAUCAUCUACCGAGUGAAGCAGCUGAGUAACGGUCAGAUAUACCGACUAAACGAGCCUAUGUACUACAUCGACAGAUUCUCCCAGCAGGACAUCGACGACGAGAAGAUCGUGUACAAGCACCAGGGUACCAAGUACGAACGCAUCGACUUCACGGUUAGCGACGGUGACCUCUUCAGCAACGGCGACCUCGAAAUACAGGCUGGCCAGCCGUACGCGAAGCUGUUACUCAACGCCGACGGCGCUAUUGUUCAGUCAAACCGGUCGGUCGUCCUAACCACCCGUGACAUAGACGUCGAGACGAACGUUUACGCCAACGCUACCGACGUGCUAUUCGCGCUUCUCGAGCGGCCUAAGUACGGUGUGCUACUCAAGCACGGUCGGGAGACCUCAGCCUUCAACCGGGAUGAACUCGCGCGGAACUUCGUCAUCUACAAGCACAUCGGUCUUUCGCUCAAGGAGGAUCAGUUUCGAUUAACGGUAAACGUACGGGGUGCAGAGGAUUCGAGGCUCUUUAUUGUGAAGGUCCUCCCUGACAGCUACUGGGAGCCACUGAUGGUGGUCAAAAACAGUACGAUCUACGUGGAAGAGGCGACGAACGUUUUGAUCAACCGCAAGAGCCUGGAAAUCAGCAAUCCGGACAUACCGGCGAGUAGAAUCAAAUACCACGUGAGAGAGUGGCCACGACACGGUUACCUCGAAGUUCGGACGCAUAAAGAUGCCAAACAGCAGAAUCAGGAAGAAGACGAUCUCGACUCGGUCAAGCAUUUCGAGCAAAGCCUCGUGAACAACAACCGAAUCUACUACGUGCAGUCAGCGCCCAAUCAGACGCACGACCGCUUCGUCGUGGACGUGACCAACGGCAUCACUUGGCUGCGCAAUCUCAGUGUCAACAUCGUUAUUAUGCCCAACAAGCUCUACGUUGCUGCGAGGAACUUGACCGUCCUAGAAGGUAAGAGCGUCGUGCUGAACGAAGCGGACAUCUACGCGAUGACGUCGUACUACGCAGGCAAGAUCACAAGCUACGAAGUGAUACAGAAGUCUAGACACGGUAACGUACUCAACGCCUCGAACACACCCACGAAAAAUUUCACGCGCAAGCAGCUCGCCGAGAGAGAGAUCGUUUACAAGAACAACGGCGACGAGGUGGCUACCGAUAAACUCAGAAUGAUCGUCACUGCGGGUGCGAAGAGUAGCGAACCAUUCGACGUCUGGAUCAACGUUGUGCCUGUCAACGACGAGGUACCCGUCGUGGUUAACCGAACAAAGUUCAGCGUUUGGCAAGGAGGAUCGAUGCGUAUUACCAGAAACUUAUUGGCCGCUGUCGACGAUGACAAUGACUGUUCGUCUGCAGAACUUAUGUUCAACUUGAAGAACGUGAUCAACGGGUUCUUUUCGCUGGUUGAGUCGCCUAGUGUCAAGAUUCACAACUUCUCGCAAGAGCUGAUCAACAACCACAAGGUUCUCUUCACACACACGAACGGAAGCGAAGCGGAAUUCAGUUUCUCGGUGAGCGACGGCCAGCACGCAACGGAGACGCACCGGAUCGCCGUGAGCACAAAGCCUGUUCGGAUUGUGAUCGAGCGAAAUCGAGUGCUCAGUGUUUUUCCACAGGCAAAGAAGCCGAUCAAUAGCGAUUUGCUGCUGUCCGUGUGUACUGACGCCGAGAGAGACGUCAAAUACUACGUGAGGAGACCUCCUAUGAUGGGUAAGAUCAUCAUGGAGACGAGCGACGGCACUUGGCUGGAGGUUGAUCGCUUCACCCAGAGGGACCUCAACAACAGCAGACUCGCGUACGAGCACAAGAAGCAGUUCAGCAAUCUAUCCGCCAAUGACAGCUUCAUAUUCGACGUCGAGACCCACUUCGCAGCUCCUAUAAAGAAUCAGGAGUUCAACAUCGACAUAUCCGUCUCGGGCGGUGGACUGCAGCACUACGUCAGUGCGACACCAGUGCGCGUCGUAGAAGGUGGCUCUGGUUCGCUCAGUAUCAACAUCAGUGGUAUCGUCAGCUUCUUGCGCACCAAGGCUGCCGUCGCCAAACCCGACGUGUCGAUUCGCCUCGUCAAACAGCCUAACUACGGUCAGGUGAUGCUGCUGCCGAGUAAUCUGAACCUAACGACUUUCUCGCAGAGCGAGGCUGAGAGCGGUAGAAUCACCUACUUCCACGAUCACUCGGACACGCUCAAGGAUCAGAUAGAUUUCACGGUGUACUUUUCGCUGGGUCACGUGAACUUGGUGAACUUCUCGGUCCCGGUAGACAUCACACCCGUGAACGACGAGAAGUUCACCCUCGAGAUCAACAAAGCAAUAGACGUCGUACAGAACCAAACGCAGACCAUAACGCGCGAAAAUCUGCUCACCACCGACCCUGAUACCGGCCCCGAGGGUAUCAUAUACGAGGUUGUCGAAGCACCCAAAUACGGCAGGCUCUUGCUGCUCUCUGCCGAUGGACAGCCGAUCCACCAGGCGCUAAUGUUCACGCAGCACGACAUCGAUUCAUCACGACUCGUCUACGAACACAAGGGUCCUCUGCUCCUCUGUACCUUCUACUUUCGCGUGAACGACGGCGUAUUCACGCACGAAUACAAGAUCUUUAAUAUCAACGUACAUCCGAUCAGGUUGAACGUUAGCGUGACCAAGCCCGUAGAAAUUCAACAAGGUCUGACUUCGACGAGCAUCGACACCGACAGCCUGAGGCUCGAUACCAACGUUCGCCAGGAUCUGGUCAGCUACGAAGUGACGAAGCCUCCCAAACACGGAGCCUUACACGCCAGGGAACGCAGCUCGAGCUUCCAACACGCGGACCUGUUAUCCAAGAGCGUCGUCUACGUACAGCAGGACAUGACCGCGAGUAACGAUAGUUUCGAGCUAACGGCGCGCGUGAGCGAAUUCGAGUUACGAAACAUCCGCGUGCCUAUUCGAGUCGUCCCGCUGAUGAUCGUCAAUCCAAGUCUCCAGGUGUACAACGGCGAGCGGACCAAGCUCUCGAUAGCGUACUUCGAUGCGACGCCGCUGUUCGAGUUGGCCAACGACGAUCCGGUUUAUAAAAUUACCCGCAAACCCAAGUACGCCAAGGUCAUGCGCAUACUCAACGAGACUCAAUAUUCCUCGAUCGAGAGCCCGCCGCAUGAGAAGGAGGUUAACAGAUUUCAGCACUCGCACAUACGCUCCGGCCAGAUUUACCUGGUCUGUAAGAAACUACCCUCGGACGAUAUUAACGGCGUGCUCGACGGCUUCGAGUUCAUACUGGCGGUAUUGCAAAAGCCUCCAAGGUUCCAGCCGGCUCGUGGUAAAUUCGAGUUCCGGGUGAGGCUCGCCAGCGACUACUACAAUAACUCGCUCGAUGGACCGAUGGACCCAGUUGGCCACGAGGGAGAGAUUCCUAUUGCACCGAACAUGAGCAACGACUACACCCUACUUUUGGGGAUGCUUCUCGGCGUAUUUUUACUCGGAGUAUGCGUAAUCGUGACAAUCAGGUGCAGGCUCUCGAGGUACAAGGAUGCCGAUGACGAGGACGACGAUGAUGAGGAGGAGGACCAGGACAAAGUGGAGCCGUCCUCGCCAUCGGUCAUAACACCACCUCUGCCCAGACCACCGGAUCACUUACUACCCGUCACGCCUCAUCUCAAGAGAUACAACAGCAACGAUCAUCACAAUAACAGCCUGAGCUCCAGCACCCCGCUGCCGCCCAUGAUGCCCUCGCUCACCUCGACUUUACCCCAGUGCAAGGUAAUACCGCUGAGUCCAAUGGAAAACAUCAGCGGCUCGGAGGUCGACGUCUCGGCCCGUUACCCUUACGGCGUGGCCGACGGCGACGAAUGGAGCAGCUUCGAGACGACGGAUCUACCCUGCCCUUCGCUGGCCGGCUCCCAACGCACCACCUCAAACCCCUUACUCAGGAGGAAUCAGUACUGGGUCUAGCACGAGUUCUGUCCCCGUCUACAGGGGCUUCCGCCUACGGGAGUAGGAACGUAGCGUUCACAGAUGGCUACUCAGAGCCUGACGCGCCAGUGCUACAAAAAGAAGUCGGUGAGGUACCGGCUUGGCGAAGCCGAGAUCAUCGGCUAGGCUGUAGCCGCUGAGUAGCCGUAUGAACACAUACAACAUGUGCGUCAAUCAAUGUGCCUAACUGCGCGAGUCGCGAUUCUAUAACGAAGGCGCCACGGUUCAAUCACGACGACGAGGGUUGAUGAACCGAAGACUGACAGAACUUUGAAAAAAAACUGCGUACUCGAUGUUGAAAGGAAAACAGCCUAUAAAGUUGAGGCUGACUGAGAUGCCAAUUAUAAAUAGACACGUAAAUUUCUGUACAAGUAACGGAAUCGUGCGUUCCUCUAUCAGACUUUUUUAUUUCGAUUUCUUAAAUCUCUGAUUUCUGACUGCAGGCGCUAUCUAUUAAGCGCCCUGCGAGGAAUAUUCUUCGCCCUUCUGACCACAAUCCUGUGAGAACGAAGCUUGUUGUAUCGAACACGGUCUACUAAGUACAGCUUUUCGCGAGCGUCCUUUCAUUAAGAGCUUGGGUUUUUACAUUUAUACAAUUUAGAUAUUACAUGCAUUUGGGUACUCGCAAUAAGUGAUCGUUAUGAAGAACGAAAGGAGUGGUGUGAAUAAAUAUAUACCACCCUUUGAUUGCAAUGAAUCAAAACUGAGUAGUCAUUUCGAUAUCAAAAGAAAACAACUUGAUUGCUUUACGCAGCUACAAGUUCAAUUUAAAUAUCAAAAUUUUUAUCAAAAAAAGUUAAUGAAUAAACUAGCCACUGUACAAUAUUGUCAAAUAAUGAUGAGACUAAGGACUUUCUUCGAUGGCGAGAUUAAUAAUUAUAAAUGCGAUUUCUAGAAACCGACGAAUAUAUAGCCUGGAAAUCAAACAAACACAUAUUGUCAGCGAUGAUGAGUCGAGACGAAGUAAAAAGAAAUAAAACUAAAUAAUAUUAAUGUUAUGUAAAUGUAACGAUAGCGCGCGUAGACUAUAAACUAGAAAAUUCUUUAAAAAUCUGUAAAACGGCGUAGGUGACGACGAUAAAAGCCCGAAUGAUAAAGAAUUUUUUUACACGUAUUUCAGUAUUAUAGAAAUAUAUAUAUAUAUAUAUAUAUAUAUAUAUAUAUAUAUAUAUAUAUAUAUAUAUAUAUAUAUGUGUGGCAUUACGGCAGAUUUUCAGCUGAUGAAUGCAGUGUGACUGUGCGCAUUUUAAAUCGGUUUAAUGUGUUUUAGAUUUACAAAAUAUUGUACAACACGAUUAAAAAGAAGUAUCAUUCAAAUACUUCGUACUACGUGCAAUGUUUCAAUCAAUUCAAUUAAUUUUGUUACAAUAGUUGAAAGUUUAAAACUGAAUGAAAUUUUAAUAGACGUUGAUACUGCAUUAUGCGAAGAAAGCGUGACUACGGUAUUCAUAGUUUCACGACGAUUGCAUUUAUUUAGGACACUUUACUAUUCUCGAGUUUUAGAUUUAUAGAGAACUCUCUGCAGCAACUCUUAUAGAUCCUGGAAGAGCAUCGUACUUUUGAUAACAGAUUUACUUUUAAAGAAGAGAGAAGCACAAGCGAAUGGCUUUAGAACUUUUUUACGAUUACCAGAGCAUUUCAAGCGCCAUUGCGAACGAGCAAAUCAACUAAUAGAUCUAAAAGUGAAUCUUCUGUAUAAAUAUCAUUCACAGCAGCGUAGCCAAUGUAUUUUCCCCGUUGACUGCGUACAUCAUAAUAUUACUCUUGGGAUUAUAAUAAACUGAAUGUGCGAUCA